AUGAUGGCGUUCCUUGCUCCGCCUUCCCCGGCAGGGACCGCGUCGCGAGUGUCUCUAGUCGCGAGAGAUUCGCAGCUCCGCCUUCGGCCAUCCGUCACCGUGACCGCCGCUCCCGCCGCGAUCUGUGGUGGAUCUGUGCGACUCUGCUGCACGUGCGAAUCGCAUUCGUCCACGUCAGCCAGUAGCGGUUCAACAAACGAGGCCACGUUUCCUGCUUUUCAGGAACGUGCGCGGUCGUUGAACAACGUAGUAUAUCCUCUUUUCAGCUCUUCCAGCCAAUCAGAUGGUUCCAAAUCAGCUGCGACGUCGCAUGCCGCAGAAGCCGUCGCCGAGCGCGCUGACUCCAUUCCGUGCGACGAUGACGACAACUUCCAACGUCUCGUUUCCGAUCAGCUCGUCGCACGCGUGCGACGAUACGGCCCGUCGUUCCUCGUCGGCACGUGUGUCGCACUCAGCCUAGCCUUCGGCUUGCCGCGCGCGGCGCAAGCCAAGUCCGACAAGCCGCUCGCCCCGCCGCCCACGCCGAUCGUGGGGCGGCAGACCCUCGACGGGGAGAAGGCGGGGGGAAAGGCGGAGGGGGGGGGAAAGGAGGCGGCGGAAAGCGCGCGCGCGCAAGCGGAGGAGCAGGAGCGCGCGGUGAAGAUGCUGGAGGACUUUCUGGCGAAGCACCCGCGCGACGUAACCGCUCUGCGCAUGCUGCUUCGCGUGCGCAUGAAGUGCGCGGACUUCGCGGGGGGCAUCAAAAUCCUCGACCAGCUCGUGGAGAUAGAGCCGGACGACAUGGAGUGGAAGUACAUCCGCGCGCAGGCACAGGAGUUCGUGGGGGACCUGAAGGCGGCGCGCAAGGGCUUUCAGGACAUCCUCAAAGCCGACCCCUUCUCCGCGCGCGCGCUCCAGGGCUUAGCAACGGUGAUGCGGCGCAGCGGCGAGGACAGCCUGGUGUUGGGGAUGGCGGAAGAGGCGGAGGGGAAGAGCAGCACUUGCAAUCCUUUCCCUGCUUGCCCGCUUCCCCCUUCCCCCCUUCCCCCACACACAGGGCUUAGCAACAGUGAUGCGGCGCAGCGGGGAGGACAGCCUGGUGCUGGGGAUGGUGGAGGAGGCGGUGGGGAAGGCGGGGCAGGCGGGCAAGCAGCAGGAGGCCACCAACCUCAAAAUGCUGCUGGGGCAGCUGCACGCUCUGCAGUCUUGCAAGCAGCAGGAGGCCACCAACCUCAAGAUGCUGCUGGGGCAGCUGCACGCGCUGCAGGUGCGCGUGACAAGAGGGGGUUUGAUAUUGAGUGGGAUAUUAGAGGGUGCGGGGAUAGCGGCGCAGGGUUGGGGGGUGGGGUUUUUGAGUGGUUGGGCAAGCAGCAGGAGGCCACCAACCUCAAGAUGCUGCUGGGACAGCUGCACGCGCUGCAGGUGGGUAGAGGGGUUGGGGGAGUGGGGGAGGCUGGGUGGGGUGCUAUGGGGCUCGGGAUAGGGGCACAAUCCAUUGGCAAGCAGCAGGAUGCGACGAACCUGAAGAUGCUGCUGAGGCUGGUACAAGCGCUGCAGGUAAGGUGGGGGUGGGAGGAUUCGGAGGAGAGGGGGGGGGCAGUAGCUCAGUACGAGCCCCCCUCUCCUCCCAUGCAGGACAACGUGAGAGGCGGCGAUAGCACAGUACGGCGCUAUCAGCGCGAGCAACCCGAGCUAUUGCCAAGAAUCCGCGUGCCAUCUGCUCCCUGUGCAUUUUCCUUCUUGCUCUCCAUUCACCCCCUCACUCAGGGAAACGUGGAGGCGGCGAUAGCACAGUACGACGCCAUCAGUGCCAGUGAUCCGAGUGACUUCCGGCCGUAUCUGUGCAAGGGGCUCGUGUUCUCACUCAUGGGGGACAGCAAGCAGGCUGACGCGCACUUCAAGGAGUUCCGAAGGCGCUGCCCCAAGAACUAUGCCAGCUACCUGGAUAACAUGCUUGUUAAGUCAACCGUGGAGGCACGGCGGCAGGAGGUGGGUGCUGAUGCCAGUGAGAUUUGA